GACUAGUCAGCUGUAUUACUAUAUCUUAAACAUGUAGUAGUUGUAUGGAACGUUUACGGUGUGUACUUCUUCCAGCCUUGGUGCGGAUAUUACCGCAGUUGUCCGUCUUAGUUGGUUGGAAUUGUGAAGCUUCUCAUCAGCCUUUCCAGACGAUGUUGCCGAACGUCAAGAUACGCUUUAAUAGCUAUGUUGUUACACUUUUAAUUCCUUAUGCUACAGCCUGAGAAGACUUGAUUAUGGAAGGAUCUGAACUCAUUAAUAGACCUUUCUUGGACCUGCAUGGAGCUGACAAACUCCUUACCAAGCUUUAUAAUAUCCAAGCUUCAAAAUUAGAAGAACUGAAAAGUUUUGCAGACCAAAAUUUCUACAUCAGAUUAGAAAGUCCCAUCGAUAUAGGUGGCAGUGAGGAUGAGAGAUGUGAUCAGUUUAUUCUAAAGUUGUACAACUCCAAAGACUCUGCAGAUGGAAACAGGGUGGAGUUGGCAGUCAACACCAUGGCAUUCCUGUCCAAUAAAGAGUUUUGCUGCCCUCGUCCAGUCCGUAAUAUACAUGGCAAACUUGUGCAUCUUGAGGCUAUCUCUUGUAAUGACGGAAAGGGUUUCGUUGGAAAACAUGGUGUGUAUAUGGUAACUCUUUUGUCAUUCUUGCCUGGUCAUCCUCUUGGGUCAUUGAACACUAUUCCAGAUGAGAUCUUAGUAGAUAUUGGCAAAAAACUUGCUCACCUGCACAAGAUUUUAGAGGCCUCCCUUGAUGGAUUUUGUAAUGAAGAUCGAAAUCUUCAAAGGUUGGUAAAGGAAUUUCAAGAUUACAACCAUAAGAAACCAACUACCUUCUGUAGUGGAGAGUGGUCACUUGAGAAAGUGAGUGGUCAAAGACAUCUACUGGAUCUAGUGGACGAUACUUUGCUGAAAGAUGCUAUAACAAAAACUAUUGAUCUCUAUGAGGAACAUGUUGAACCCAUUCGUCAUCUUUUCAAGAAAGGGAUCAUUCAUGGAGACUUUAAUGAUGAUAACAUAAUCAUCUCAAAGGAACCCAUCCCUAAACAGUCUUCUAAGAAGUUCAUUGUGUCUGGAAUCAUCGACUUUGGUGAAGUCGAGUACUCCUGUCUCAUCUUUGACAUUGCCGUGGCAUUGUCAGAACUUGUUGUGACCCACGGGAUGUCUGCUCCUAGGCAUUUCCUUGAAGGGUACCUCUCGAAGAAAAAUAUACCCAUCACUGAGAAAAAUUUGCUGUAUUACCUGGUGUUAGUGAGGUAUGCACAGCGCAUCAUGCUCAGUCUGGAAGCGAAGCAGAGAGAUCCGUUAAAUGAAUACAUCAUGAAGGAUUUGGAAACUUGUGCAGGUCUACUUAGAAAACUGCUUCAUAUGGAAAAGAAUGAUGUGUAUACCAUGUGGAAUAUUUAGUCUGCUUUCAAGAUUUGAAACAUAAUGAGCCAAGCUCUUCUUUUAGCCUACCAAAACUCUGAAUUGUCUGCAGAAUGUAAUAACUUUCUUGUUAUCCACUUCGAAUGAUUUUUUUUCUUUCAGGACUAGCAGUCUAUUUCAAAAGCAGAAAUGGUUAUGAAACAAAAUUUGAAUUGAGUUUGCUUGAUAUUAUUACAAAUUUCAUUUAAUCUUUUUGCAUAAUAUUUUUUCACAACUGAAUGAUAAGGGGGCAAUAAUUUUUUGAACAACUGUAUGUCAAUACUUUUCAAUUUGUUCUUCUAUGAUUAUUUUCAUUAUGGUUGGAGCUAUUGCACAAGAACUUAUGUCGCUUUUCUAUUACCAAAUUCCUUCCAUUAUCCAAGGUUUCUCAGGUAAUAUCUCUUUCGCUUGAAUAGUCUGUGAUAAUGAAUGUUUAUUACAUGUUAUGUCUAUAAAGUAUUUAAAAAAUAAUCAUAUGCUUCUGUUAUUCAAUAACAUAACAUCAGUAAAAUCAACAGACCUUUAACUCUUCCUUUAUUGCAUCGACUUUAAGAUUGUGUUUCGGUAUUGAAUUUUGUUCUGCUGCGGUAGAAUGCGAAACAUUGGACUGUGUAAUCUGUAAUAAAAUUAUGGGAAAAUGGUAAUUGGUGUAUUGUAGCCAGAAUAAAUUAGGUUUAGGAAUUCAUUUGUAUAUCUAUUAUCAAUGCACGUACAUGACCUUGUUCUCACUCUUGUAGGUUUGGUAGUAAGAGGUCUGAAGUUAUAAGAAAGGAAUGUAUUUGAAAAUAACCGAGUAUUGUCGUUUGACGAGUG